GGCCGCCGGUGCGAUGCAAUUACGCUACACGGUCGUCGACUGUAAUGCCUGACAUUUGACAUCGGGCGGCGGCGAUUGAAAUUUCAUUGUAAUCCGCGCCUCGGCGGCGGCCGGCAGCGCGACCUACGCCGACUUUUUCACUGUCACGUUCACUCGGCUAGAAGAAAAAAAAGUGGGAGCGGACGACGGGCUGGCUUUCCAGCCGAUUUCUGACAACGGGACGUCCGCGCUGAGCAGUCUUCGCCGGUGCCUGGCCACGUUGCAUCCUGCCCGUUCGUCGGUCCCCGUGCAACCCGCGACAACCUGUUUUCCGUUGCCCUUGAACCGCUCCUUGCGUCACCGACCUUCGCUCCGCCGCGGAACAAUCGGAUUCUCUCGUUCGAUUCGACUCGCGAGGUAACUGUUCUCCGGGCGCAACGUUUUCCGGGGGAUCCGAAGGGGAACCUCUGCUCGGCGGGCCUCUCCUGGGUAUCGGUCGCUCACUUGUGCCGCGUUUUUGCUGUCGGACCGACGGAACGACGGAGGAUCUCGCCGGGAACGCUCCUCGAGGACUUCGGUUCGGUCCAUCAGGUACUGGAUCGACGCUGGUGCUUCUUGGUGCUGCUUUUACCUUGUUCUUGGGGAUAGGCUCUCGUAUUAGGUCGUUUCACACCACACAAAGAGGGAGAGAGAGAGAGAGAACAGGCGACAUUAACAACGCGGACACGAGGCGACACUUAGCGAGCUGUUAAAAGGCCACACUAAAACAGAGACACAGAGGGACACUAGGGGAGAACUCAGGACACACAGAUUGCGACCUAACGAGGAAGAGAGGAUAUUCACGAUGUAUGUCAGACAGAUAACGGUUAAGCACAAGAAGGGAAGCGCCGGUGCAGCCCUGAUGUCGCGACAGCGAGACCAAGAUGGCGGCGGCAGCGAGACGAUCACCGUCAGGGAGGUGCCGCAGUUUAAGGUGGAGAAUUUCGUGUUGAUGGCUGAAUUCGACGAUGGGGACGAGAGCUACAGGCAGAAGGCCGAGAACGAGCUCAGGGAGACGCCGGAGGUUGUUCAGCAGGCACUCAAGGAUAUCAGGGUGUUGGUUCAAGGCGAGCCCAAUUUCGCGGUCCCCGACGACGACGAGUUCUUCCAGAAAUUCCUGCGACCCUGCAAAUGGUACCCGAAAAGCGCCUUCCAACUGAUGACGAGAUUCUACAGAUUCAGGGUGAACAAUCCGCAGUACUGCGCGGACUUGGUGCCGAGCACGGAGAAAAAGGCGUUGCUCUCAGAGAUGGUGAUCCCAUUGCCGGAGCGCACGACGCAGGGUCGCAGGGUGCUUCUGGUCCACUUGGGGAAGAGAUGGAACCCGAAAGUGAUCACCAUAAACGACACGUUCAGGGCGGUCGCGCUGUCGUUGGAGGCCGCCAUGGCGGAACCGAAAACGCAGAUCGCCGGUGUGCACGUGAUAAUCGACCUGAAUGGUUUCUCAGUGUCUCACGCGACGCACAUCACGCCGAGCUUCGCGAUGGCGUUGACGGAAUUUGUGCAAAAAUGUUUGCCCUGCCGCCUGAAGGGCAUCCACUUAGUGAACAAUCCGUUUAUAUUCAACAUGGUGUUCGCCCUGUUCAAGCCUUUCCUUUCAGAGAAGAUGCGCAAGAGAAUCAUUUUCCACGGCACGGACAAGAAGUCGCUGAUGUCGCACGUGUCCGCGAACUGUAUACCCACCGAAUUCGGCGGAGACUUCGAAAUUCCCAAGGUUCCGCUCGGCCAGGGGAUUUACGAAUACUUCUACUGGUUCGAGAAGGAUUUCGAAAUUGCCAACAAGUACGGAUACAGCGCGCAGGCGAAAAGUUAAGGACUCAGGGGAUGUUCGUCGGCUUAAUCGACACUGUCGGCGAACGUAAGGCUACCCGGAUCACGUGAUCCGGGGUUGUAUUCUCAAUGAGAAGGGAAACGGGAAGCGAGUCUACCAGACAAGUUGCAGCGUUCAUUUUGCCCGGUAGAAUUAAGAAGACAGUAUAUCAAUACUUUAAUUCAACUUAAGAUUACUUUCUUGUAUAAAACAGAAAAUAACGAUUCUCCUACUGACGUAAUAAUCGAAGAGUUUAAUACGUGCGACAGUGAAAACCGAGUUACUUACCAAUUUUUAAUUACGUUAAAGCGUUCGCCUGUAAUUUUGCUUUUGUACAUUGACAGUUGUUUCACGUGUUACAAUUUUCACGCGCCAGAGAACACCGAACAGAACUCUCAAAUAAACUGUAAAAUCCGCCUAGCAGUCAACGCGUUGACAACCGAAUUUUUACCGAAGUUCAAAUCUUCACGAAAUUCGGGAACAGACAGGAAAGAAGACCGAAUUAACCCACUAUCGGCCGAAUUUUUGUUCAUGACUAUAACAAAAUCUAUGCAGUACAAAGUUAAUAAAUAUCCACAUAUGAAUACGAAUUAACAAUGUAUUCAAUACUUUCAAUAAUUGCAUCAAACGAAUACAUUUUGUAACUUUCAA